AUGGCGUCUCCGGCGUCUCAGGAGCUGGUGCCGUUAGCCGAGGCAACAAAGUUGACAAGACUGGAUUCCUGCGCGUACGGUGCCAAUUUAGUAUCAGCUUGGUGCAUAGGCUUAGUCCCCAACGGCGGGUAUGUCGCCUCGGUGAUCCUGCGCGCGGUGUCGCUCCACCUCGCAGACCGCGGGCAGCGAGACACCAUCUCGUCGCACUUCGAAUACGUCAACCCCACGGGGAUCGGCCCCGCGGUCAUCACCAUCGAGGACGUGAAGCUCGGCCGGGCCGCGUCCACAGUCCACGUCACCCUCUACCAACACGACGUCAACCUGGCGGCGGCCCCGUGGCUCACCGCCCGCUCGCGCAAGAACGUGCUAGCCUACGUGACCAACAGCAGAAUCAGCCUCGAAAGAGGCCUGACGCUCGACAGCGGGUGGGCCAUGCAGCCGCCACCCAAGCCUGUUGACCUGAGCCUCCUCGAGCUGGGCCGCGACCCCCACUGGGUCCGGAAGGAAAACCCACUCGGCGCGCGUUUCACCUCGUUCGUCCGCACGCACAACAACCUCGAGCACUACGUCCCUCGCACUGGCACCCGCCGCGGCGUUGUGGACCUGUGGCUGCGCCUCAAGGGGAAGGGCCAAAGGUUCAUGACCCACGACCUGGGCUACGUCGCCGACUCCUACCCCAUGGUUGUCGAAGGGUGGAGGCCUGGGCCCGACGAGGAGCAGACGCCCUUUCGGACUGACGAAACAUUUUGGUACCCGACGCUGUCGCUAAAUCUCGACGUCAAGCGGUCGUUACCGGAGCAAGGGGCAGAGUGGCUCUUCGUACGUUGCUCGGCUAAGGUAAUUCAGAACGGCAGGCUAGAUUUGGAAGUUAUCAUCUUAGACCAGCAGCAAAACGUGGUAGCUCUAAGCAAUCACGUCAACAUGAUUGUGUCGGCUGAGCGGAGUAUGAAGAAGCGGAGUCACGACAGGGGGAAGAUUUAG